GAACAAACAUGGCGGACGGCCCGGCUGGGUUUCACUUCGAUGAGCUAAACAAAGUUCGGGUUUUAGAGCCUGAAAUUAGUCAGCAAACGCAAGAACUCAAGGAAGAAUGUAAAGAAUUUGUUGACAAAAUUGGAGAGUUUCAAAAAAUAGUGGGAGGAUUUAUCGAUAUGGUUGAUGCUUUAGCUAAAGAGGUCGAGAAGGAGAAAAUGAAGGCUAUUGGCUCAAGAAAUCUAUUAAAGUCAAUAGCAAAGCAGAGAGAAGCACAGCAGCAACAACUACGAGCACUGAUUGCUGAAAAGAAAACACAAUUGGAACGUUUCCGUGUCCAACAUGAAGCUUUACAAAAGGUUGAGAGUGAACAAAAUGAAUUUAUAGAGCAGUUCAUUUUACAGAAAUAAUUAUUGUUUUUCCCAGAUGCUAUCUGUAUAAAACUACUGUUAACUAACCAGUUCUAAAUUACUUGUAAAUAGAAUUGUUAUGGUUCCUUUUUUGUACAUAAGCACAUCACAGUAUGUUGUAUGUGAUACAUGUGUACUUUCAACCAUUUGUGAAAUAGUGUCUUUUCUGUGCUGUUCAGAUAAACACAAAGAAGACUGUUUGUCACAUUUUUCUCAGUGUAGAAUAACAAUAAUGAGAGACAGUAAAAAAGUACACUUUUUCAAAAAAAAGAACAAAAUGAUUUGUUCUAUGUAUUAUUCUUAAAGUAUUGCAGUUAAGAAGUUCUUACUGUUUUCUUAAUACUAAUAUUUAAAGCGAUAUGUUUGUAACAGUUUUUUUGU